AUGGCCGCUAUACGUCUUCGGCACCCCAAGGGUGUCACCACCCUCCAGAUUGACAUUGAGAACUCAACCGUUCUCGACCUGCAACAGCAGAUCUUCUCCGCUACGGAGAUACCACCUUCGCGACAGGACUUGAAGGCGGGCUACCCGCCGCAGCCUCUAACCCUUAUACCGGAGCUGCCUAUCUCAAGCCUCGGACUGAAGCAGGGAGAUCAACUGACACUACUGCAGAAGGCGGCACCCACCGCUGCUCCUUCUGCACCAAGAUCCGAUAGUGCUCCCGCAUCGUCUGUCACUAGUCCGAUGUCUGCAAUGACUGGAUUGACGGCAUCCCAGUUCAGCCAGUGGGACAGCCCAGCACCCACUACAUCAAGCGCCGGUAGGACCAGCGGACCAGACUCUGCGCCUAUGGAAGGAGGAUACCUUGUGCACCGUAUUGUGCCGGACGAUAAUUCUUGUUUAUUUUCUUCCAUCGCCCUCAUUUUCGAGCAAGACAUCGAGCAGGCGCCGAAGAUGCGACAGAUCGUGGCAGAUGAGAUUCGCAGGAACCCCGAGAUGUGGAGCGACGCCAUCCUCGGCCGCUCACGAGAAGAAUACAUCGCUACUAUCUUGAAGCCGGCUUCCUGGGGCGGCGCCAUCGAGCUUGCCAUCUUUGCAUCGUACUAUUCGACGGAAAUAGCGUCCAUUGACGUCGAGACGGGACGCAUCGAUCACUUCAACCCUCCUCCUGGGCGCGAUUCUGGGAACCGUUGUGUGCUCAUAUACUCGGGCAUCCAUUAUGAUGCAGCCACCAUUGCGCCCAUGCCAGAUGUGCCGGAUGAUUUCCACCAGACAAUCGUGCCAGUAUCAGGUCCAGGCGAUAACGACCCCUUGUUGGUGGCGGCGAAGAAGCUGGCGGAUACGCUACGGGCCAAGAGGGCGUAUACGAACACUGCGACCUUCGACUUGAGAUGCCAGUGUAAGAAGGGACUGAAGGGCGAGAAAGAGGCGCGAGCGCACGCAUCGGAGACAGGCCAUGUCGAGUUUGGAGAGUACUGAUGCUGAAGGGCGGUGUUUUAUGCUGAGAUUUAUGGAAGGAUCAUCGCGCAUCAGGCAAAUAUGGCAU